CUCUAGCUCGCUGAGCUCCAGCCGAAGGAGAAGGGGUCUAAGUAAGGAGGUCUCUAUACCAUGGCUCGUACAAAGCAGACUGCCCGCAAAUCGACAGGUGGUAAAGCACCGAGGAAGCAACUGGCUACAAAAGCCGCUCGCAAGAGUGCGCCCUCUACUGGAGGGGUGAAGAAACCUCAUCGUUACAGGCCUGGCACCGUGGCGCUCCGUGAAGUUAGACGUUAUCAGAAGUCCACGGAACUUAUUGGCAAACUUCCCUUCCAGCGUCUGGUGCGGGAAAUUGCUCAGGACUUCAAAACAGAUCUGUGCUUCCAGACUGCAGCUAUUGGUGCUUUGCAGGAGGCAAGUGAGGCUUAUCUGGUUGGCCUUUUUGAAGACACCAACCUGUAUGCUAUCCAUGCCAAACGUGUAACAAUUAUGCCAAAAGACAUACAGCUAGCACGCCGCAUAUGUGGAGAACGUGCUUAAGAAUC